ACAGACAGGCUUACUUUGAUUUCAGUUUUGUCAAACAGAGCAAAGAUGGUGAGGUGUUUGAUUCUGCUCGCUAUGAUGGGUCAGUUCUCCUUCUUCUCAUGUCAUCUCUACGAGUAUCACCUUAUCAAAGAAGAGAAUACCUGGGAUGAAGCUCAGAACUACUGCAGAGACAAAUACACAGACCUGGCCACAGUGUGUGACGUGACAGACACGAGGAGACUCGGUGACUUAGUGACUACGCCAGCCUGGAUCGGGCUUCACAGCAUCCUAGGAAAAGACAACCGGAUGUGGCACUGGUCUCUGACGGAGAUGCCAGGGGUGGAGUUUGAUGAUAUCAAGAGUUAUUUUGGAGGCGGAGAGACAAAUCCUUUGGGAAAUAUUGAGAACUGUGUGGAAAUUAUUAGAAACACACUGAACGAUAUCCAGUGUAGUAAGACACAUGAAUUUAUUUGCUUCGACGAAAGAGAGGAACCCAGUGAAAGAUUACAAGUGAUCAACUUGACAAUGAAGUGGACACAGGCUCAAAAGUACUGCAGAGAACACCACACUGACCUGCUCAGCGGACUCGAUCAGUUUAAAGAAAUCGUAAAUAAAUCAUUUAGUCAUGAAAGCAUGUGGAUCGGCCUGUUCAGAGACACCUGGAGCUGGUCAAAUGGGAGCAAGUCCUCUUUCAGAAACUGGGGUCAGGGGUUGUUUAAGGAUGGACACGACAAAAAGGAAUGUGCGACUGUGUUGAACAGGCUUGGUGAAUGGGGCUCUGAUGAUUGCAAUGAGAGAAAACCCUUCUUCUGCUACGAUGAUAAAGUGGUCUUAGUUACACGAAAGAUGACCUGGGAGAAGGCCUUAAACUACUGCAGAAAGCACCACCAUGACCUGGUCUCCAUCACUAACCCCCAACAGCAGAAAUGGGUCCAAGCCAGGGCCAAGAGUGCCUCAACCGACUAUGUCUGGCUUGGACUGCGUUACACCUGCACCAUGGAUCUGUGGUUCUGGGUCAACGAUUAUCUGGUCUGCUACGACAACUGGAAAACCCCAGAUGACGGGAAAGACCUAUGUGACUAUGCUGCAGCCAUGGAGAAAAAUGGAGACCAUAAGUGGGUCAAAAAGGUUGAUACAGAUGAAUUUAAUUUCUUUUGCAUCUAAAUGAAAGU